AUGGCUCCAGCUACGCAGUUCGAACUCUCCCCGCCGCCGGGCGACGCCGUCUCCGCGGUCGCCUUCGCGCCGUCCGACUCGAGCAAACUCCUCGUGUCGUCGUGGGACAAGAAAGUAUACAGCUACAAAGUUGCCAAUGGCGGGUCAGACGGCGCCCUCGCCAACACGUAUGAGCACCAGGCUCCCGUUCUAGACGUCUGCUUCGGAGCCGGCGACAAUGAAGCCUUUACCGCGGGCAUGGACCAUUCUGUUAGCAGACUGGACCUGGAGACAGGAGACAUAACGCCGCUGAGCAAACAUGCCGCGCCCGUCCGUCGCGUCGUGUUCAGCAAAGAUCACAAUGUCCUCGUUUCUGCCUCGUGGGACAGCACGCUCAUCCUGCACGACCUCUCGUCCACGAGCGCGCCAAUUCGUAUUCCCCUCCCUGCCAAACCCCACGCCAUAUCCGCCAGUCCAACAAAGAUCGUCGUCGCCAUGACGGGCCGCAUCAUUCACAUCUAUGAUCUCAACGCCAUAAAGAAGCUCUUUGCCUCGGGCGGCACCGAGCUGAAGCCUUGGCAGACACGAGAAUCGUCGCUUCGGUACCUGACGCGGGCAGUGGCAUGUAUGCCUAAUGACGCGGGGUAUGCGACGUCCAGCAUCGAGGGUCGUGUAGCUGUGGAGUGGUUCGAAGACACGGCAGAGUCGCAAGCUCGAAAGUAUGCCUUCAAGUGCCACAGACAACCGGCACCAGAUGGUGAUGGUGACGUUGUCUAUCCUGUCAAUGCGCUGGCAUUCCACCCCGUUCAUGGGACGUUUGCUUCCGGAGGUGGAGACGGGACUGUUGCCUUGUGGGAUGCUGGGGCCAAGAGGCGAUUAAAGCAGUACCAGAAGUUCUCCAACAGCAUUGCAGCACUAGCUUUUUCUAAUGAUGGUAAAUACCUCGCUGUCGGAGUGUGCCCUGGGUUUGAGACUGGCCAGGAGGACUACACGGGCGCUGGUUCUACGUCUGUCUUGAUCCGGGAACUUGGCGAGAAUGAGGCAAAGGGCAAGGGUGCAAAGUAA